GGGUAUCGUUAAAAUCAUUCCAAUUUGAAUCUCGUAACUUCUUCUGAAAGGAUAGCGGAAGAGACGUCCUUUUGCCCUUUUUCUUUUGCCGACUGACCUGCUAUUUACGGAAAUAUCCGGAUACUCUCCUCUCUUCACCGUCGCUACCCAGUUUUCCGCACUGCCCCGAUUCUUUUGUUUCGUUCUCAUCGAGAAACAAAGGAUAAAAUUUCACUGUAGAAUGUUCGAGUAGCCUCGUUCUCUCAUAAAAAGGUAACCCCUCAGCCUACCUUAUCACCGUUUUCUGAUUGCACGAAGGAUGACGGGAGCUCCGAACGAGGCCAAAAAGUCGCGCCCGGCACGAAAUCGUGCAUCUACCAGGAUAAUCAAGGACGAGCCAACAGACGCCCAAAUCCCUGUCGAAGUUCCUCUUGACCAUGGCUGGCAGAACCCUGCCGAACUCAACUAUAUCGACGCCAGCACCAUGACUAAUGCCAAUAUUAUCGAAUACCUUAUCACGCACUCCUUCUCCGUCCCCCCAAAGCGCAACAUGUGGGUAACCAUCACCUCUGCGGACGGAACAACGACCGUGAUACCCGGCGGAUACCGUAUUCCUCUCCUCUUCGCUGCUCACUUCCAAUGGACCUCCCUUCGCCUCGUUUUAGACUCUGGAGAAUGGGAUCAGUUUAAGUCCGGAAUUCUCCACAUCUCCCGGAUGUGCGAUAGAUUUUUGGAAGAGGCAAGGAGUGCUUUGAGACGGGGUAUGGUGAAGGGGUGGAGGUGCCCUACAUUUGAUAGGUUGCUGGUGAGGUAUCGUUCGUAUUACCUCUUAUCUGAUCCGGACAGUGUGAAGGAGUUUCAUGAGAUGUACGGGGAAGUGGAAUAUGCGAGCGACGCGCUCAAGUUUGACUGGAAACAAUGGGCUUUGAAAGGACAUAAGGGCUUCAAGCUUUUGGAAGAAGAUAUCCUCGGUGGGAUAGAGCUGGGUAGGUGGCUGGAAGGGCUCAGGGAACGCGACGGGGACUGGGUCUGGGAUACAUCACCAGGCGCUUCGGGCCGACUGGCGAUGGAUUAUUUGCAAGAAUGGAGGAAGACGAAGGUCUGGUCGACGAUCCCGCCAGUGUUGCCCCCAAUCCCAGAACCUACACCCAACGAUGCCGUUCCUCCUCCUGAUUAUUCCAUUUCCCAUCCCCCUCCUCCAGAUGAAGACGUCCUCCAGUUCCUCAAAGCUCGUGCAGAAGAAAUCAAAAGUCAAGAACGCCGCAUUGCUGCUCUCGAAGCGGACCUCGCCAUGCUCAAAACGACUAGGAACAGCGCUCCACCAACCCCCACAGAGGAUGCGAAGCCAGAGUUUAUCCCAAUGGCGAAUUUUCCUGACAUCGAGGACGUGGACUGCGCGUCGAGCUUCUGGCAGGACCCAUUGAAGAGGUUUUUGGAUAUGCCGGAGGUCGAAGCGGCAAAAGCGGAGGACAUGGAUGUAGAUGUGGUUAUGGAGGAUGCCUCUCUAUCGGCUGGGCCAGUCAAGUCAUGGCGCAAAAUUCAGAGGAUGGGUUAGUGUCUUGUUGCUAUUAGUAUCAUUAUAGAUUGUUGUACUACACUCCGCUUGUUAAAUAUUAUGGUCAAAAAUGGCCUUUGUGUGACUACAAC